AUGCGUUUCACUUCCUUCGCCAGCGUGGCCGUCGCGCUCGCUCUGGUCUCGCUUCCGGCAUCCCGAGCACAACAAGCGUCCUCGACAUCAAGCGUUCCGGGAAGCUCUCCAACGCCUGCGCCCACGGCUCCCGCAUCGUCGACGCCAGCCAAUACCACCGUCUUGUCCACCAUCACCACCACGCUCAGCAGCGGUCAGUCAUUGCCUACCAGUCUCACCGCUUCAGCGUCCUCAAACGGGAGUGUCUGGUACAUUCCCGUCUCCACCGUGGUGCCUGUGUCCCAGAACGCCACGUCCACAACAUCCUCGGCCGCUAGCGCCACCUCGCCCGCCUCCGUCAAGGCUACAAACACCUCACUACCACUUGACACCAUCAUCGACCCCGCCUUUGGUGUCCUUGGCGUCAUCCUCAUCGGCGCCGGUCUUCCCAUGGGCUUUUACGGCCACCGCAACCGAUGGUCGAGCUACUUCCUGUCCGGCUUCUUUGCCCUUGCGCUCAUCUGCAUCUCUAUCAUCCUCAAAGUCGGCGUCGAGCCUGCCAUCAACCCUCCGUCCAAGGCGAUUCGUGGCCUCUUCCUCGUAGCUGCCGUCAUUGCUGGUGCAGUCGGUGGCAUCAUUUCCAUCGUGUUUUGGCGCGGCGCCGGUCUACUCGCCUGUGGCCUCGGCGGCUUCUUUUUCGGCCUCUUCAUCCAAGCCGUUCGCCCAGGUGGACUAAUCCGCCCCAUCGGCCUCCGCUUCAUCCUCUACAUUGGCCUCUAUGCCCUCUUCUUCACGGUUAGCUGCAUAGAGCGAGUCCACCCGCUCAUGCUUGCGCUGGCGACCGCCAUUAUCGGUGCCACCGCCGUGACGCUCGGCAUCGACUGCUUCUCCACCCAAGGUCUCAAGGAAUUCUACGUGCGCAACCUCGGCUUCGAUGCACUCUUCAGCAACAAGUACCCGCCCGUCUUCCAGAAUGGUCACUUUCCCAUGGUGCAAGGCAUGCAGAUCGAGCUCGGUGUCUUGGGCGCGCUCGUCCUCAUGGGCUUCGCAUUCCAGAUGCGCCUCUGGUCCGAUCUUCGCACCCAGCUCGCCGUGCUCAAGCGUUCCGACGAGAAGCGCAACCUGCGUUCCAAGGCCGAGCGUGCAGCGCGUGCCGUCGCUCGAACGGCCAAGCGCGACCUGGCCGAGUGGGAAGCUCGUCACGGAUACAAGAAGACCGCCACCGGCAACCCAGCUUCGAGGGACGAAGAGAUGGCACUUCCCGCCGCCUCGACGCCUGAUCUCAAGGACGCCCGCAGCCGCACGAGCUCCUUCAUGACUCUCUUCCGCUCCAACACCGACAACACUCAGCUGGCCACACCGACCUCGCAUGCUGAAAAGCUCGCCGACUCUCCGGGCGCCUCGAGCACACUCGACAAUGCGGCCUUCCCCUUCCCCGCCCAAUCGGCCGGUCGUCGUAGCUCGCAGUUCCUCGAGUACAUCCAGAGAGGGCCCGAACGCGUGGAGCCCGAAGGCCCUCUGCAGCUCGACCUGAGCACCAUCGGCACUCCUCUUGGUGACAUGCAACCACCUGCUGAAAGCUUCGCCAUGAGUCCGAUGAGCAGCGCUCCGCGACCGGGCGCAUACACUCCACAGCCGCCGAAGUCGCUCGACAUGGCGCGCGCCACGUCGCCUGAUUCCGCUGGAGGACCUGACUCGUUCCGCAGACGAUCAGCCUCAACGGCUGCUUUGAUGGAAAACAAUGCCAGCUUCCUGGACCCUGCGCCGCCCAGACUGGAUCUCGAAAACAGCACAGGCCGCCCGACAGUCGACUCGAACAGGACAAUGAGCACCACAAGCUCUACUUUCGCAGAAGAUGCCGCUCGGUUCCUUCCAUCGGCUCAGCCGAAACGCAGCGCGAGCGCGACGUCCGGACCUCAAAUCGGCCUGACGGCAGCAUCUGCAGCGGUUUCACACGAACGCACCUUCUCAAACCCAAGCGCACCAAGUGGGCCCGGGUUGGCAAGCAUGACUCCAAUGGCCAAGAGUCAUUCCCAUCAGGGCCAGCUGCAGCUUCAUACGGCAGCUCUGUACGCGGACGCGCAUGCAGAACGCUACACUGCAGAGAUGCAGCGACAGAGUCCUCUGGCGUCGCCCACGUAUGCUCCUUCCAUCUCCGCCUCCAAGAUGAUCAGCGGUGGCCAGAGCAAUGCGGUCAUGCAAGCUCGCCAGUCUCUCGCGAAGCGUCGCAGUGAUCAGCCGAUGGUGCCGUGGACCAACCCCGGCGCCACGGGACAAGGCGGCUCUGCGCACAAGGGCGCUGCCAGUGCCGAUUCGCAGCCGCGAGUCCGCGCCAUGUCGAUUGAAGAACUGGAGGCGCGCCAUCGUGCCAAGCUGGCUGCGCUGCAGGCGCCUGCUACCCAGACGGUGCACGAAGCCGAUGCUCUGCGCAGGGCCAAGGAGGACUGGGAGCGAAAGCAGAAGUUGGAGAGGAGGCGCAUGCAAGAACGUGAAGCUCACAAGCAUGCAGCGGCAGCAGCGGCUGGCGACGGGCUCGUCUCGCCUUCCCAUAGCCGAAUCGGUUCUCCCGACAUGCAGAGGCCUGUCUCUGGUAGCUCGCGCGACGAACGUCGGCGGUCCCGCGCGCUAAGCGCGACACUGCUCGAGGCUGUCGGCGAAGAGAGCCGUGACUCGGCGGGCAUGAGCCGGGCUGCCGAAUGGCGCAAGUCGGUCUCUGGGAUGGAUCAGCUGGACCCCCGGGCGGCGAGGCCCUCGAAUCCUCCUACGCCGAGCAGCACUCGUCCGACUUCGCCGCAGCCCAAUGCUGGACUCGAGCGAUCGACGGCCAAUCCGUUCCCUGCUCAGGCCGCACAGCAGCGUAAGCGCUUGAGCGAGACCGACAGGCGACGAUUGAGCCAAGGAGCUGGCGACCGAUCGCAGCGUCGCCACAGCCAGCCACUGCUCGACUUCAACCUGCCUCGCGGCGGCAGCUAG